AUGGCUCCACCACCUGCUUUGAAGCGCACAAAUUCUCUAGCAGAUAACAUGCCCGAUGCAUUGAAACAUAGUAGGUACCAUAUGAAGAAGUGCUUUGCUAAGUACCUAGAGAAAGGGAGAAGGAUCAUGAAACUUCACCAUUUGAUGGAAGAAGUUGAACGAAUUAUAGAUGAUAAAAUUGAAAGAAAUCAAGUUUUGGAAGGCAUUCUAGGCUUCAUAUUGAGCUCUAUACAGGAAGCUGUUGUUGAUCCACCAUAUGUUGCAUUUUCUAUUAGGCCUAAUCCAGGAGUUUGGGAAUAUGUACGUGUCAACUCCGAGGAUCUUUCGGUUGAUGCUAUUACCCCUACUGAUUACCUCAAAUCCAAGGAAAGGGUAUAUGACCAAAAAUGGGCAAAUGAUGAAAAUGCAUUUGAAGCAGACUUUGGAGCAUUUGAUUUUGGGAUUCCGAAAUUAACUCUAUCUUCUUCAAUCGGAAAUGGACUUCACUUUGUUUCAAAGUUCUUAGCUUCAAAGACAACCGGGAAAUUGACAAAAACACAGGCUAUAGUGGACUACUUGUUGAGAUUAAAUCAUCACGGAGAAAGUCUAAUGAUAAAUGACACCUUGAGCUCAGCUGCAAAACUUCAGCAAGCAUUAAUUGUGGCUAAUGUUUUCGUUUCAGCAAUUCCCAAGGACACUUCAUAUCACAAUUUUGAGCUAAGGUUAAAGGAGUGGGGUUUUGAGAAAGGAUGGGGAGAUACCGCAGGUAGGGUGAAGGAGACAAUGAGAACUUUAUCAGAAAUACUCCAAGCACCUGACCCAAUUAAUCUAGAGAAAUUUUUCAGCAGAAUUCCUACAAUGUUUAAAGUAGUGAUCUUCUCAAUUCAUGGUUAUUUUGGGCAAGAAGAUGUUCUUGGCUUGCCAGACACUGGUGGCCAGGUAGUUUACAUAUUGGAUCAAGUCAAGGCUUUGGAGGAAGAGUUACUUCUAAAAAUUAAGCAACAAGGGCUAAAUUUUGAACCUCAAAUUCUUGUGGUAACAAGGUUGAUACCGGAUGCUAGAGGAACCAAGUGCCACCAGGAGUUUGAACCAAUCCAUGGUACCAAACACUCCCACAUUCUACGUGUGCCUUUUUAUACAGAAAAAGGAAUUUUACGUCAAUGGGUUUCUCGCUUCGACGUUUAUCCCUAUCUUGAGAGGUUUACUCAGGAUGCAACAACCAAGAUUUUGGACCUAAUGGAAGGGAAACCUGAUCUUGUUAUAGGAAAUUACACAGAUGGAAAUUUAGCAGCAUCUCUAAUGGCUAGAAAACUUGGGAUAACUCAGGCAACUAUAGCACAUGCUUUGGAGAAAACCAAGUAUGAAGACUCAGAUGUCAAGUGGAAAGAGUUAGAUCCUAAAUAUCACUUCUCAUGUCAAUUCAUGGCUGAUACAAUUGCAAUGAAUUCAUCCGAUUUCAUCAUAACCAGUACAUACCAAGAAAUCGCGGGAAGCAAAGAUAGACCUGGACAGUAUGAAAGCCAUGCUGCAUUUACUCUUCCAGGGCUUUGUAGGGUUGUCUCAGGGAUAAAUGUGUUUGAUCCUAAGUUCAAUAUAGCUGCACCAGGUGCUGAUCAAAGUAUCUAUUUCACUUACACAGAAAAAGACAAAAGGCUUUCUCAAUUUCACCCUGCCAUUGAAGAUCUUCUCUCUAAUAGAGUGGAUAACAAUGAACAUAUUGGAUAUCUAGCGGAGAGGAGGAAACCUAUAAUCUUCUCAAUGGCAAGGCUUGAUGUAGUGAAGAACUUAAGCGGAUUAGUCGAGUGGUAUGGAAAGAACAGGAGAUUAAGAAACUUGGUGAACCUUGUCAUAGUUGGUGGCUUCUUUGACCCUUCAAAAUCAAAAGAUAGAGAGGAAAUGGCAGAAAUAAAGAAGAUGCAUGAUUUAAUUCGAAAGUAUCAAUUAAACGGCCAAUUCAGAUGGAUUGCUGCGCAGACUGAUCGAUUUCGCAACGGAGAGCUGUAUCGCUGCAUUGCUGAUACAAAGGGAGCUUUUGUGCAGCCUGCUUUGUAUGAAGCAUUUGGAUUAACUGUCAUUGAAGCAAUGAACUGCGGCUUGCCAACUUUUGCUACUAAUCAAGGAGGUCCGGCAGAAAUAAUUGUUGAUGGAGUCUCAGGAUUCCACAUUGAUCCCCUAAACGGAGAUGGAUCAAGCAACAAAAUUGCUGAUUUCUUUGAAAAAUGCAAAGUAGAUCCAUCCUAUUGGAACAUGAUUUCUGAGUUCGGAUUGCAGCGCAUAAAUGAAUGCUAUACAUGGAAGAUAUAUGCAAACAAGUUGGUAAAUAUGGGAAACAUUUACACCUUUUGGAGGCAUGUGAACAAGGAGCAAAAAGAGGCAAAGCAAAGAUACAUCCAUAUGUUCUAUAAUUCCUUAUUCAAGAAUUUGGUUAAGAAUGUACCUAUUCCAAGUGAUGAACCUCAAAAACCAAUAGACAACCAACAAAGUCUCAAACAACAGGGCUCUAGCACCAGACGUUCACAGUCCACAUUGAGAAGGUUUUUACCUGGAGCUUAA